AUGCCUCCAUGUUGUUCAAAUGCAAGCGCUCAGCUUAAUAUGAAUACCGCCGAAAUCAAAAAAUCAGCCAUUGAAUGGCUUCAACAAUACCAUGCAGCUGGUGAUGCCCUAAAUCCCGAUGUUUCCGUUCCCAAAUUCUACACUCCAGACUGCGUGAUGCGGUUUCCAGGACAGCCUCCUUUGGAGGGUCACGAUGCGAUCAAGGGUUUCUUCAAGAAGCAAUUCUCCCUUCUUGAUAGCAUGACACAUACAAUUGGUCAUGUGGAUGUGGUGUCAGAUCGGAUUUACCAGGAGGCCAAGAUUGAAUAUGUAGUCAAGGGGGAUCCGGAGCAGAAGGUGAUCAAGAUUGAUGGCCUUGCAGUUUUUGGUAGACGGGUGGGGGAAGACCAGAUGAGUUUUUUUACUGUGUUCUUAGAUCCACGUCCGUUGCUAGAAAGGAAACAGAUGGUUGCUGCGAUGGGCAAUUAG